AUGUCCGAGCCGUUCCAGCUUCGAUUUGCCGGUCUGUGCUGUCGCUACUCGCACGACGACUUGUGGCUGCUCUCUGUGGCCAGCUACGAGCUUUGGGCGCCGUAUGAGCCCUUCCUCGGCGACCGUCUGCGCUUCACACAGCCACAGUCUGCUGCAUUUUUCGAGCGACACUACGGCGCUGCCACGGUGGCCAACAAGGCAAACAACGAACAACAGCAGCAACAGUCAAACAACGGCGACGCGUUCCCCACCGGCCUGGACAUUUUCAACGAACAGAUCCCGGAUUUCACGCAGGACAUGAUACCAGCCCCGCAGCAGCCAUUCGACUGGGCCGGCGCCACCGGAGAGGUGCUUUCGUGCUUUUACUAG